AAUGCGAGCCAUCAUUUGCCGUUGGUAUAACGUAGUCAAAAUAGUUCUUUUCAGUAUGCAGUGUGCACUGAACCACUAGUGAACUUCUCAGAGGUGAUUGCCCUUCGUAGUCUACCAAUAUACAAGGCUAAACGUAAUUGAAAAUAUGAACUUGCUUUUAAAGUGAAUAAUGGAUUGUUUCUGCAAUAAAGUGUACUCGGUACAUUGUAAGAUAGUAUUUUUGGAUGAAACCGAAUUGGUGCACGAACUACAAAAUAAUAGUAAUGGACAAGCGCUUUUGGAUGUGGUUUUUCGUCAUUUGAAUCUAUUAGAAACAGCAUAUUUCGGAUUACGAUUCCUCGAUCAAAAUGGGCAAACUCACUGGUUGGACCCGACUAAGAAGCUCAAUAAACAAAUUAAAGGCCCAGAUCCUUAUACUUUUUAUUUUGGAGUGAAAUUUUACGCAGCCGAUCCUUGUAAGUUACUAGAAGAAAUCACGAGAUAUCAAUUCUUCUUACAAUUGAAGCAAGAUGUUUUGCAGGGAAGAUUAUUGGUUCCCUUCGAUUUAACAGCUGAACUUUGCGCUUAUAUUUUACAAUCAGAAUUAGGGGAUUACGAUCCGAGAAGACACAGCGCUGGAUAUGUCUCGGAAUUCAGAUUCCUUCCCAACCAAAGUCUUGAACUAGAGAUGCGUAUAGCAGAAUUACAUCAAACUUUAGUGGGUCAACUGCCUUCACAAGCAGAGUUAAAUUAUUUGGACAAAGUGAAGUGGUUAGAAAAUUACGGUGUUGAUUUACAUCCAGUGCUCGGUGAAGAUCACGUUGAAUACUUCUUGGGACUAACUCCCGGUGGUAUUGUAGUGCUAAGAAAUAAAAAUACGGUCGGUAAUUACUAUUGGCCACGCAUUACUAAAAUUUAUUUCAAGGGACGAUAUUUUAUGCUUCGUGUGACUGAUAAAAAUAAUGAUGAGUGUACUUACGGUUUCGAAACACCUUCAAAAUCAGCCUGUAAACAUUUGUGGAAGUGCUGUAUAGAACACCAUUCGUUUUUCCGUUUAGUGCAAGUGCCUCCUACGAGUCCCGAUAUAUUUGCUUUGGGUUCUCGCUUUCGAUAUAGUGGAAGAACUGAAAAACAAGCAGUACGAGAUGCUCAAAUGAAAUUAAGGCAACCUCCUUCGUUUUCUCGAAGACCAUCGAGAAGAUUUUCCAGAAGAUCUCAGGUUGCUAACGACAGUGCGUUUUCGGAACCUUUAAGGCAAACGAACCAUCAAGAAAUUAAACAUAUAUCUCUACCUCUACCUGUAGAUAAUUUCGAAGGUAACUAUAAUUCUACAUUAAAUUCAUCUAACGUUAAAAAAUUUGACUCGCCGAGAAGUACUAGAAGCGCUCCUUGGUCUCAACCGCAUUCCAAAGGUCUUUACAACAGCUCGGCGCCAGCUAGUCCACGUUCCGUUAGAUCAGCUAGAUACAGAUCAUCAUCAGUAGAUAGCCAAAGUUCGAACGAUUCCAGAAAUUGUAAGAAGCGAAAACACAGAAGUAGAACCUCCGAUAAUGAAAGCGAACAUUCGAAUCGUUCCUCCAAGUCGAGAAGAAAACAUCGAAGAAGAAAAUCUCGAAGCAGCAAAAAAGAUAACGGCUCUGAUUACGAACAUAAUAAAUAUGCGGAAUCCAGAUCGAGAAGCAAAUCGGAAAGUUACUAUGAAUUGGUGGAUUCGGGAUUACAAUGGCAAGAAGUGCAAAGAAACGCGGCUGCAAAUGACAAUAACCCCAACAGUAUUCAAAAAGCAACAGUUGUGAGUAGUAGAAGGAAUAACGAAAGUAGAUCGAAUCCGCCAAAUUACAACAGUACCGGUAGAAGAAACAGACAUCGAAAGCAUAGAUCGCGAUCUAGGUCACCGUCGGAACCAAAAUGGAUGUCUAACGAAUUGAAAAAACAUCUAGAAUUCGACUUGAUAGACACGGUGGGAAUGAGCGAUCUACAAUUAAAAGAAAUUCCUUACACAGUAGUCCAAACAAAUUAUAGUAAACAUGUAAAGUUACGGCCUAGUAACUCUUCGAAAAUCGACUCCGGUUCAUUAUCAUCACAAUCCCAACAACCUCUUCACUAUAAUCAUCAUGUCAAUAGCUAUAUGAAUGAAGCUCUAACGAAUUUCUCGUAUACCGAUAGAGAUAGUAAUAGUAACAGCCUAAUGGGACUUCCUGAACCAUUAAAACCAAGUUAUUAUACUGCUAAUAACUUUAAUGGUUUUAAUUCUAUAAAAGAUUUAAAUGUCAAUAGAAAUUAUCAUGAACACUCCGAUUCUGGUGUGGGGGUUGAUCAAGAUUAUGAUAAUAAAAAACCGAACUUGAAAUGAUAUGAAUAUUUAUUUAUGUUUAUUAGUUUUUUUUUCUUCUGUAUAAAUCAAAAAAGAAAACUGAAAUUAAUAAAAAACAGUUUGUUGAAUAGAUGUUAAAAGAGAAUUACAUUGUAAA